CGACCAACCUGCAUCCGCGCCUGUGUAGUCGGCUUCCUCAUGCAGCUGUUCCGCUCCACCUAGAGGAGCAUGCGCAGUGGCCACGAGAGAGACAGAGAGAGAUGAAGGAGGAGAGGAUGAAGCGCGAGCACACGGACCGUUUUCUCCGGUAACAAAGCAGGAGCCGGAGUCUGGGAUAUUUGGGGGAAUUUCGGAGACAUCCAUGGCGACGGGAGGAGGAGGAGUGAGGCGGAGGAGGAGGAGAGCCUGGCUCCCGGGGCUCUGCUGGAAGACCUGCUCCGUCCCGCUCCUGUUGUGGGUGCUGUCGGUCUGCGGGGAGGAGAAGACGCUCAUCGUGGAGACCUGGCUGAAGACCUACGGCUACCUGCUGCCUCACGACGUGCGCACCUCCGACCUGCGGCAGGAGAAGGCCCUGCAGUCGGCCGUGGCCGCCAUGCAGCGCUUCUACGGCAUCCCGGUGACGGGGGUCCUGGACCAGACCACCGUGGAGUGGAUGCGGAGGCCUCGCUGCGGCGUCCCCGACCAGCCUCACGGCGGCCGGCGGCCGAGGAACAAACGCUACGCCCUGACGGGGCAGAAGUGGAGGGACAAGAAGAUCUCCUACAGCAUCUCAAACUUCACACCCAAAGUGGGAGAGAAGGACACGCAGAGAGCGAUCCGACACGCCUUCAACGUGUGGCAGACGGUCACGCCGCUCACCUUCCAGCAGGAGGUCCCGUACGCGGAGAUCAAGAAUGACGGGAAGGAGGCGGACAUCAUGAUCUUCUUCGCCUCGGGUUUCCAUGGCGACAGCUCUCCGUUCGACGGGGAGGGCGGUUUCCUGGCGCACGCCUACUUCCCCGGCGCCGGCAUCGGGGGCGACACCCACUUCGACUCGGACGAGCCGUGGACGCUGGGCAACGCCAACCACGACGGUAACGACCUGUUCCUGGUGGCGGUCCACGAGUUGGGCCACGCUCUGGGCCUGGAGCACUCCGACCACCCCAGCGCCAUCAUGGCUCCCUUCUACCAGUACAUGGACACGCACAACUUCAAGCUGCCUCUGGACGACCUGCAGGGCAUCCAGAAGAUCUACGGCGUCCCCACCGCCAUGCUGGAGCCCACCCGGCCGCUGCCCACGCUGCCGUCCCGGCGCACGCACGCCACCCACGAGCGCCCGCCGCGCCCGCCGCGCCCGCCCCGCGACCGGCCGGCGCUGCCCGGCAACGGGAAACCCAACAUCUGUGACGGCGACUUCAACACCGUGGCCUUCUUCAGGCGGGAGAUGUUCGUCUUCAAGGACCGCUGGUUCUGGCGCCUGAGGAGCAACAAGGUCCAGGAGGGCUACCCGAUGCAGAUCGACCAGUUCUGGAAGGGCCUGCCGCCGCGCAUCGACGCCGCCUACGAGAGGUCGGACGGGAAGUUCGUCUUCUUCAAAGGGGACCAGUACUGGGUGUUCAAGGAGGUGUCGGCCGAGCCGGGCUUCCCCCGCGGCGUGUCGGAGCUGGGCGGCGGCCUGCCGCGCCACGGCGUCGACGCCGCGCUGCGCUGGGAGCCGGUGGGGAAGACCUACUUCUUCAAAGGGGACCAGUACUGGCGCUACAACGAGGAGAAGAGCGCGGCGGACCCGGGGUACCCCAAGCCCAUCGGCGUGUGGAAGGGGGUGCCGGACGCACCGCAGGGGGCCUUCAUCAGCCGGGAGGGAUACUUCACCUACUUCUACAAGGGGAAGGAGUACUGGAAGUUUGACAACCAGAAGCUGACGGUGGAGCCCGGCUACCCCAAGUCCAUCCUGCGCGACUGGAUGGGCUGCGACCCGUCGGACAUGGGGCGCUCCGGCAGCACGGGGAACCGCGGCGACCGCCGGCCGCCGCCGGACGACGUGGACAUCAUGGCGACCAUCGACGACGCGGCCGCGCCCGUCAACGCCAUCGCCGUGGUGAUCCCCAGCGUCCUGUCGCUGUGCGUCCUGGUGCUGGUCUACACCGUCUUCCAGUUCAAGAACAAAGAGGAGCAGCAGAGCGCCGCGCCGCCGCACUACCACAAGUACCCGGUGCAGGAGUGGGUGUGACCGGCAACCGGCCUCCGAGAGGUCAGAGGUCACGCAUUGGACGGAGGUCGAGCCGGCUGCAGAGCGUGUUGGCUGAGAGCGAGCAACAACCACGAGAAAGUUUAAAGAAGCAAAGUCGCUGCUGGACGAUGUGGAGCUGGAGGAGCUGGAGG